AUGCCACUGCGUGUACCGCAGGAGUUCCUUGAGGAUGCUCUUGCAACUUGGGAACGAUUACGGCAAUGGACAGAUCUUAACAAUUAUUUGUGUGUACUUCGCUCCUCUCCUUUUUACCGGCAUUCACAUUCAGAGAGAGAUCCGUACUCACUACGCCUGGCACGUCGGGUAGCGGAGGUUAUGGACAGUCUUACGGCUCGUGCAGAUCUGCCAGUAGAUGAGGAUGUCACGCCGCGUGGAGCAUUGUUGGCGCUGGCCAAUGAUGUUCGUUUGGCUUUUUCUCCUUUGCCUGUAGCGCAUUAUUAUGAGAUGGGGGCGACAUGUGCAUCACCCCAGAAAUCUCCCUCUUCAAAGAUCGAUCCGGCGGCCCUGAAUAAAAACGGCAAUUCCGCCGCUCGGACGGUGGAUGCCUUUUCUUCUGAGGGCAGUCUCCCUCUUUACGAUUGGAAUACGGCCAUCAUGAAUCGAUCUGUGUCCGGCACGAUGAUUAUGGAGGGGCUACAUGUACUCACCUGUCCGAGUGUACAGUUGCGUAUCGAGUUGGCUAUUGCAAGGCUGCGUCAACAGGUGAAGGAGGAGUUGGUGGGUGGGGUCAAUUGGGAUGCAUUUCCUCAUACACCCAAUGAACUACAGGCAUUGCGAGUAACGACGAUGCUCUUAGACGACUUUGAGGCCCUUUAUCGUCGUCUUCUUGUGACUUUCCCGUGCGCACGGGCCAUGGGCUCCUCACACGUCCCUGUUGCACUGUUGCCGUUGGCAUACGAACAGUAUUACCAGCUGGGGGACUGGGUGCUGGAGACGGAGAUUACGUCAAGGACUAAACCUGGCGCAUGGGUGCAGUCGUUUGAACCAAAGAAAAUGCAGUUCACACUGCUUCGCCCCGGUAAAAACUCCCAUUGGGGGCUACGAUUCAAUCAAAGCGGGAAAUUGGUGGGAUUGAGUGCGGUGGUGCGGUCGGCAACCGUUGUGGGGGAUAAACUGCAUCAGUUCAUGCAAGCAAGCAAGGGCGGGCUUUCGCCUAUUGCAUGCAAUUUAAAGAAGACGGAUUUCAAUAAUCUGGACAGCACACAGGCGGCCGAGAAGUUAGAUGCACUAACACCAACGCAGAAACGCCUGUUCAUAAAAGUACAGCCUGUCUCCGAUAGUAUACCGACUGUGGAACAGUUGGCCUUUUAUUCCACUCAGACAGAAGCGUCACAGCUACAGCAGCAGCAGGAGUCUCAGAAUUUGCCCGCUGCAACGUUGGUUCUUCACCGUGAUAAUUUUAGCGUCUCGUGGGAUUUGGCCAUCACGCGCAAACUUGUUGUCAUGAGUGUCCCUUCUGGUAUUCUCUCACCAGAGGCAAAGGCUUUUUUUGCGCGUUAUCCCACACGAGUACGCAUCUUUGGGAUAAACGGAGUGGAGAUGGUGAGUGCAGCCCAAGUGGAGGCGUUGAGUUCCACGGUCAACACGAUUGUGCUUGACCUGCAGAUUAUCCCACCGUCCUCAUCGCUGUUGACACCACAAGAUGUGGAUCAGCAGGAAGAGCGAGCGCCACCGGCAGCGUCGCAAGUAAACAGCAGUGAGACGGAGGAGCAGUGUGGUAGCGGGAGGCCAGGUUCUGAAGAUGUUGCCAUCCUCGAGAGCUGUGGCAGACACCCGCAGGCUGCCCCCAGCGAGGCAGUUGUGGCUUCCACGAGGAAUCCGCUUUUGGCCAGAGUAGAAGACAGGCAAUCGAGGCCUAAUCCCAAGUUGCGGGAUAAAAAAGAGAAAACUAUUAUUGGACACGAGAGUCCCAUGGAUCCACCACGAGAAAUAGUGUCAAACGCAACUGUGGCGUCUUCUGCGCAGGAGCAGGAGUGCGCCAUCCCGUCACGUCCCUUAGGAAAUGAGGCGCAAAAGGGAGCGGGAACGAGUGGGGUGAAUUUGCGGAAGGCACUGGAGGAAACAAUCUUGCGUGACGUUGAUCGCUCCACUCUUUCAGAGCAGCCACUUGUGCCCAUCUUUUCGGGGUAUUUAAAAACGAAGAAGGAGCUGUAUGUUCCAGAUGCAAAGGAAGAGGCGACUGACAGUGCCGAUACUCCUGCUAGAGGUCAUUGCACGGGGAAUCAUGUAGUCAAAAGCACACCCGUCGCCGCGGUGUUGUGUGACGAUUUCACCCCCUCCUUGGAUGCUGAUGGGCCGGGGGAGCGCGUGCCAAAGGCGGAGGCUAAUGAAGCAUCUCCGCCACCAUUGUCGUCACAGUCGGAGGAGAGGGAACAGCAAAAGCAACAGCCGCCUUUGGAGCUCUCCGGCGCUGCAGCUGUCACCGCCGGCCCACUCAAGUUCCCAAACGAUGUGACGUUAAAUCUGCUCACUCUAGAUGAGAUGUUUCUCAGUCGUCAGUCUGCCGAGAAAAAAUGGGGUCUGUCAAUGGAGCGGGUGGGACAAGACGCGAGCCGAGCGAUCCGGGUGGUUGGUUUACCCCUUGUCAUGGAUCCACAACAGCUGCAGCAUCCGUUUCACAAGCUGUUCACGUCCCAUAAAGGCGGCUGGAGCAUCAUGAGCGUCAAUGGUACUCCCGCCGCACGUUUGCCGGAGGUGAUGGAUAUCAUGAAGCAUGCCCUUCACAUGCAGAUUAAAUUUCAUAGAAGGUGGUGA